AUUCUCUCUGCCUGUUUCCCCCAUCGUUCCUUUUUUAGUUUACUCCAUGUCGAAUCCAAUAGCUGAUACAGCAGACUACUUUACUCGCUAUAAUAAGCAACAGCAGUAUCAGCAGCAGUUUGAAGAACUACCACGUCAUAUACCAGAACGACCUUGGACUCGUGUACUUGAUCGUAUAUCCUUUCUGAUUCCACCUGCUUACUUCCAUGGAGAUGAUGACUCUGUUUACAAUGAUCGAGACACAUUUGAACUCAUGAAAAGUAAAGCUUCUAGUGAAGACACGACUCUAGAUGAAGCCUACAGUAGCUCUGCUGCAAAAAGUAUCAUUGAUAUCAAGCCUGGGGAAGAAGAAGAAAGGUUACCAUCGGCUGCUGACCUUUCGAAAGCAAUGACUCCUGAAAAAGAAGCUAGUGAUUAUUUCACCCAUCCUUUUCCUGAACAACAACAUCAACAUCAACAAGAAAAUAGACGAGAUAUCAGUGAUUAUUAUAGAGCAGUCGCUCCUCCCGAAGAAGGUCGAAUAAAAGACAAAUGGGACAGAACAAUCGAUAAAUUGAAGUUUAUUGCUAACCUAACAAGUCAUCAGCCAGUUGUAGUACAGCCUAUUCUAGGCCCAUCCCACACUUUAGCCACUUAUUAUCCUCCCGCAUUUGAUCCUGUGUUUACCGCAUUUGCAAGAGAUGAAUACGGAAGAAAAUUACCACCUAUAUUACUGCAGUGUAUUUAUGCCACAGUGACCGACUCUGAAUAUGUUGAUGGUAUCAAUCAGUGGGUGUUUCGAGUAGAGUUACAAUAUGGCGAUGUCAAAUGGGUUAUUCGUCGAAACAUUGCUGAUUUUAUGGCACUCCACUUUAAACUCAAAGUCAAGUCAAACUUGUACGACUACGUUCCUGAUCCGCCCAAUUUUCCAAACCAGCUAUCCAAUCUGCUGGAUACAGCCAAAUCGACCAUUGGCCUUUUUGAAAGCAAACAGAUCAACUAUAAUCGACGCGCUACUUUGACAGAUUACCUCAGAGCUCUUCUCUUACGUGCACACGUCACAGCAAGCUAUGACAUUUGUGAGUUUCUUGAGUUAUCAGCUAUCAGUAUUGCGCAUGAUAUGGGAUGGAAAGGUAAGGAAGGCUAUCUGAAGAACCGUAUUCGAUAUGUAGCACCCAAAUGCUUUUGCAUCUCAAGAAUCACAAAAAGAUGGACAACAGAAUGGAUCAUCUUGCGUGACUCAUACAUGGCCUUUAGUAAAGACGCAGCCUCCUCAGAACCAACAGACGUUCUCUUGUUCGACAGCUCACUUCGUUUUGAGGUAUUGGAACCUCGAGUUUAUUUAGGAAAUUAUCACAUCAAGAUACGUAACCAGUCAAGAGAAAUAGAGAUUAAAGGAACAAAAAGAGAAAUAGAUCAAUGGAUUGAAAGUAUUGAAAAGGUAAAGAGUGAAAGUCCUUGGGUAUAUCAUCAUCGUUUUGCAUCGUUUGCUCCAAUUCGUCAUAAUGCAAAAGUGAAAUGGUUUGUUGACGCUGAAAAUCACUUCAAUGCUGUGGCUGAAGCUAUUUUGUCUGCCAAAGUCGAAAUAUAUAUCGCUGACUGGUGGCUGUCACCCGAACUGUAUCUGAGAAGACCUCCAGAAGAAAAUGAAGAUUUUAGGCUCGACAGAUUAUUGAAGCGUAAAGCAGUCGAAGGCGUCAAGAUCUAUAUUGUUGUCUAUAAAGAAAUGUCACUUGCUUUAACCAUUGAUUCUGUACAUACAAAGCAAACACUUCAAAACUUACAUCCAAAUAUAAUUGUACAAAGACACCCGGAUCAUAGCUUGGGUAAAAACGACACUGUCCUAUUCUGGUCACAUCAUGAGAAAAUUGUAGUGGUUGAUAAUAGAUUGGCAUUUAUUGGAGGACUUGAUUUAUGUUUUGGACGUUAUGACACACAUGCUCACUCUCUUUCUGAUUUCCCUGCAGAAGGGCAUGACCGUGAAGUAUUUCCUGGGCAAGACUAUUCAAAUCCAAGAGUCAAGGAUUUUAUUAACGUAGCUCAGUAUGACAGAACCCUUGUCAACAGAACUACCACCCCUCGAAUGCCAUGGCAUGACGUUACACUUGGUGUAGUUGGCCCUAUUGCUCGUGAUAUAUCAAGACAUUUCAUUCAACGAUGGAACUUUUUGAAGACUACCAAAAGUAUGCAUCGACGAGCUGUUCCUUUUUUGAUGCCCAAGGGGGAGUACGUCGCAGCAAGAGACGAAAGCAAAUUUUCGGGAACGUGUAAAGUGCAGUUACUGAGAAGCUCUUCAAGAUGGAGUAGCGAUAUUGAACGUGAGCAUUCAAUUUAUAAUGCGUAUAUGGAAUGCAUUACUCAUGCUAAGCACUUUAUUUAUAUCGAAAAUCAAUUCUUUAUUAGCACAACGACUGAAGAUAAAUUGCUAAGAAACAAAAUCGCUGAAGCACUAGUUUCACGUAUAAAGCGAGCUCAUGAUAAAGGAGAAAAGUUCCGCGUCUUUAUCAUUAUGCCAUUAAUUCCUGCUUUUGAAGGUGAUUUGGCAUCUAGUGAGGCUUACUCUGCUAGAAACGUGAUGCAUUUCCAGUAUACAACUAUAUCCAGAGGUGGCCAUUCUAUCAUGGAAAAGCUGAGACAGUAUGGAAUCGAUCCAGAUCAGUAUAUCAAUUGGUUUAGUUUAAGAAAUUAUGCAAAGCUAAAGGUGCCACCAAGAACAGAAAAUCCAUUUGAUGACCUUAAUAGAGUACCAACAAAUCAAACGUCAUCUAGCCCACCUAGACGAAAGAGUUAUCCAACCAUAGAUGAUAGAUACAGUUAUGUUACCGAAAUAUUGUAUAUUCACAGCAAGCUGAUGAUCGUAGAUGACAGGAUUGUAUUGAUGGGAUCAGCCAAUAUCAAUGAUAGAUCUCAGCUAGGCAACAGAGACUCGGAAGUAGCGAUGCUUGUCGAAGACACUGAAAUGGUUCAAUCAUAUAUGAAUGGUAAAGAGUAUCAAGCGGCUAAAUUUGCUCACACUCUACGCAUGCAGCUCUGGAAGGAACAUUUGGGCCUACUAAACUUUGAAAGGUGGUCAGAUUUACUAAAGGGCACGGUAGAACGAGAGGUCAAUGAAUUGGGCAUCUCGCGCCACUUGACCAUAUAUCCAAGCUUAGCUCGAUCACACAAUAACGCAGAAGAUAUAAGACAAAUCGAAGCGGAUGAGCCUGUCAAGAUGUUGGAUAGGGCUAGUCGAACCUAUAGUCUUUAUGAUACCUUCAAGUCACAUCGUCAUUUAAAGCGCCAUGAUGCUGCCGUGCUUGAUCCGUUAUCAGAUCGAUUCUACACAAGUAUUUGGAUGAAGCGCGCAACAACAAAUACCAAAGUAUAUCGAAAACUGUUUCGAUGCGUGCCUGAUGAUACCAUUCACACAUAUGAGCAGCAUCGAGCCUUCAUGCCAGAUGAUCCUGGACAUGUAGCAGAUCCUACACUAACAGAGGAGGACAUAUGCCAAGAGCUAGAAAAGAUCCAAGGGCAUAUUGUACUGUUUCCAAAAGAUUAUUUAAAGGAUGAGAAUUUAUUAGCUGGUUCGAUCACGAAUACUGUAGCCCCACUUGUCAUUUUUACUUGACGCUGUUAUAUAAAUCUGUUGCUGUUAUUCCACUUAAAUUAAAUCCAUGCAUGUCCUUUUUGCCUUCAAUUUCCUGUAUCUUUGCUGCGUUUACUUUCAUCUUGUUUCUUGCUUCUUCUAUCUUUUCAUCCAAUAAACAAUAACCUUUCUGUAUUAACUCUUUAGUUUUAUCUGUUGAAAGCUUGAUAAACAUGUCACCAAAGAAUGUCCAUAGUUUCUUUUCGUCUGUCUUUUUUAUGUGAGUUAAUGCUUCUCUAUUAGAAUUACGCUUUCUGUCAAAAUCAAUAACAGCUUGUUUGUUAAUCAAUAUUUCCUCUGCUAAAUGCUCCUUUUCAGCAAGAACUACAUAUAAAGACUAUAUGAGAACUUUGUUGAAAAAUUGAAAGAAGGUCAAGUAC